AAAUACGCCACGGUUCCUUUUAGCGAAAACAAAACACGGUGGAAUCGCGUCAGCAACAUCUACAAAGUAAUAAUUGACAAAAAUCAAUGUGAAUAGCAAACGAGAAAAAUGCAAAUUGCUUAAAUGCGAAAAAUUAUAGACGAGAACGCCAUUUACAAGCCGCGAGCGUGAGUGAGCCAGCGAGUGCGCGUGAGAGUGCAAAAGAGAGCGCCGCCAAACACAUACAUACAACACAAGAAGCAGCGAACGAGUGUAGGACGGUCGUCGGUUUGGUCAGUUUUGGAGGAAGACAAAAAAUUAAGAAAAAAAAUUAACAAAUAAUUUUCGCAAACUCCUAAAAAGUGUUUUCGCAAGUCUGUGGCGCGUGCGGGUUAACCGCUCGAAAGGCGGCAAUUAAAAAAUGAACGAAUUUCGACCUACGCAAUUUUGGCAAAAGAACUGAAAAGAAAUUGGAUACGGCACAAUAAAAUGCAAUACCGCAACAAUAUGGAAAAUCUGGAAGUUAUCUAAGUUCCGGGUUGAUGGUAUGCGGAGACCAGGUUCACCAAAAUCCUGGGACAUCAAUAAAAAUAAUAAGAAAAAAGUCAAAAACCAACAGAAAUUAUUAUUAAGCAUAUUAAAAAUAAAACCCACACGCUGCUGCUGAUACACGAGAAUAAAAUUGAAGCAAGUGGAGAGAGAGAGAGCGUGAGAGAGGGAUUAAAGCAGUAACAACAAAUCAAUUUGACCAGAGGACGAGGUCCGCACGGUCUAGACACAGUCCGCGGCGAAAGCAUCUAGAAAUUAUUUAACAAAUUAUUGUUGUUGUUUAAAAGCGGCUCAACAACAAAUUGCCACAACAGCAACAAAAACAAAAUGUAUCCCGCACCGGUGCGUCACCCUGCCGCCGGGGGACCACCACCUCAGGGCCCAAUCAAAUUUACCAUUGCUGACACAUUGGAACGGAUUAAGGAGGAGUUCAAUUUUCUACAGGCCCAGAAUCAUAGCAUCAAAUUGGAGUGCGAAAAACUGGCGAAUGAGAAAACUGAAAUGCAGCGCCAUUAUGUUAUGUACUAUGAAAUGUCCUAUGGCCUUAAUGUGGAGAUGCACAAACAAACGGAAAUUGCCAAGCGUUUAAAUACAUUGAUCAAUCAGCUACUUCCAUUCCUACAGGCCGAUCAUCAGCAACAAGUGCUGCAGGCGGUGGAGCGUGCGAAGCAGGUUACCAUGCAAGAGCUGAAUCUAAUCAUUGGGCAACAAAUUCACGCUCAGCAAGUGCCGGGCGGUCCGCCACAGCCUAUGGGUGCACUGAAUCCCUUUGGCGCCUUGGGUGCCACCAUGGGAUUGCCACAUGGGGGUCCACAGGGUUUGCUUAAAGCGCCGCCGGAACAUCAUCGGCCGGAUAUAAAACCAACAGGCCUCGAAGGACCAGCAGGAGCAGAAGAGCGUUUGCGGAAUUCAGUUUCACCAGCCGAUCGUGAGAAAUAUCGUACGCGUUCCCCUUUGGACAUUGAGAAUGAUUCGAAACGUCGAAAAGAAGAAAAGAUGCAAGAGGAUGAAGGCGAGAAAAGCGAUCAAGAUUUAGUCGUAGAUGUUGCAAAUGAAAUGGAAUCCCACUCUCCACGUCCCAACGGUGAACAUGUCUCCAUGGAGGUGCGGGAUCGAGAAAGCUUAAAUGGCGAGCGUUUGGAUAAACCCAGCAGUAGUGGCAUUAAACAGGAACGUCCGCCUUCGCGCUCUGGUUCUAGUUCAUCACGUUCCACACCCAGCCUCAAGACAAAAGAUAUGGAAAAACCGGGCACACCGGGUGCCAAGGCACGCACACCGACACCCAAUGCUGCCGCACCAGCUCAGGGUGUUAAUCCUAAACAAAUGAUGGCACAAGGUGGACCGCCGGGAGGGCCAGCUGGUUAUCCAGGAGCACCGUAUCAACGGCCCGCGGAUCCCUAUCAACGUCCGCCAUCGGAUCCUGCCUAUGGUCGACCGCCGCCGAUGCCGUAUGAUCCGCAUGCACAUGUGCGAACAAAUGGCAUUCCACAUCCUUCGGCCCUGACUGGUGGAAAGCCUGCUUACUCUUUCCAUAUGAACGGUGAGGGCAGCUUGCAACCGGUGCCCUUCCCGCCAGAUGCAUUAGUCGGUGUUGGUAUACCCAGACAUGCCCGUCAAAUCAAUACACUGUCGCAUGGUGAAGUCGUUUGUGCCGUGACCAUUUCAAAUCCAACAAAAUACGUUUAUACGGGUGGCAAGGGUUGCGUGAAAGUCUGGGAUAUCUCACAGCCGGGCAAUAAGAAUCCUGUCAGUCAAUUGGAUUGCCUGCAGCGCGAUAAUUAUAUACGCUCGGUGAAGCUACUGCCCGAUGGACGUACCCUAAUUGUUGGUGGCGAGGCAUCAAAUCUAUCAAUAUGGGAUUUGGCCAGCCCCACGCCCCGUAUCAAGGCCGAACUAACCUCAGCGGCGCCCGCCUGCUAUGCCCUGGCUAUUAGUCCAGACUCGAAGGUGUGCUUCUCAUGCUGCAGUGAUGGCAACAUUGCCGUCUGGGAUCUGCACAACGAGAUACUGGUGCGUCAGUUCCAGGGUCAUACGGAUGGUGCAUCAUGCAUUGACAUCAGUCCGGAUGGCUCUCGUUUAUGGACGGGUGGACUCGAUAACACAGUGCGAUCGUGGGAUCUACGCGAGGGUCGCCAACUGCAACAACACGACUUCAGUUCUCAAAUAUUCUCGCUAGGCUACUGUCCCACAGGUGACUGGCUGGCAGUGGGCAUGGAGAAUUCCCAUGUGGAAGUAUUGCAUGCAUCGAAACCGGACAAAUAUCAACUGCACUUGCAUGAGAGCUGUGUCCUGUCGCUACGCUUUGCUGCCUGCGGCAAAUGGUUUGUUUCCACCGGCAAAGAUAACCUGCUUAACGCAUGGCGAACACCAUACGGUGCCAGCAUAUUCCAGUCAAAGGAAACAUCAUCCGUACUUAGCUGCGACAUAUCAACUGACGAUAAAUAUAUAGUGACGGGUUCGGGCGAUAAGAAGGCUACUGUCUAUGAAGUUAUUUAUUAAAAUCCCAACAACACACAAAGCAGAUUUUUUCAUUUUGUAAUAAGCGCAUAUAGGUUUUUAUUACAACACAACACAACAAAAGGAAUGAGUUGUAGGAGAAGAAGACGAAGAAGAAGGAAUCAUGCAAAUAUAAUUAAUAACAACUGCAAAAUAGCGGGCAGCUAAAUCCAGCAAACAACCAACAACAACAACCCUGCAGAAAAGCUAAGCAAAGAAAAUUCUAAUAUACAUAUAUAUAUAAAAACAACACAACAAAACAAAACAAAAAAAAAAGAAAACUAAAUAUUUAAGAGUAAUUGUAGCUACUAAGCUUAAGUUAAGUCCAAUAAAACCAGAAACAGAAACAAAA